AUGCAGGACACAAAUUUCUUCAGGGGAGGCAGCGAGAUGGCCUACGGGGACAGGUUACCCCCACGCCGAGUUUUCAUGAGCGGCCCGGCGACUUCCACCACCUGCACCUACAGCCAGAACGUUCGUAUCGUGGAGGGCCCCCGUGCUCCCCACCACUCCCCCGACAAAUACUCGCAGGUGGAUUUUCCACGUGAUGAACCCUUCCAGCCCGUGGUGCUUCCACCAGCUAGUGGACCUCUGCAUCCACCUUUCACCUAUUCCCCACAGCUCUGUCAACUGGACCACUUCCUGGAGUCCUGGCAACGGAGCAGGGAGGCGACCAAACCGGCAGAAACCAUCGCUCAACAAAAUGGCGGAGGAUCCUUGACGAAACCAGUUCGACCGAAGAGGCGUCCGUACUCCAAGUACCAGCUCAACGAGCUUGAAAAUGAGUACGUCCAAAACCAGUAUAUCAGUAGGGACAAGAGGCUACAGCUCUCACAAAAGCUCAACCUCACAGAGAGACAGGUCAAGAUCUGGUUCCAAAACCGACGCAUCAAGCAGAAGAAACUGGACCGACGGAAUAGCGAGAUGUGUCCUUAAAGACCCCCCACCACUUGUACAAAUUCUCAUCCAUAGUACAAUCUAUUAAUUAUAAGUCACGUAUACCUACAUUAUAUUAUUGUUAUGUAUAUGCAAAAAACGCAACUUGAAAUGAGAGAUAUUUUGACAAAGAUGUUUUUUGAAAAAUAUGAUCAACAUGUUCUAGUGUGGAUGUUAAUGCAUACUUAUAUCUUGCCGUCUUGAACGUUUACGGAUGUAAUGUAAAGUUACGUACGUUCAAUGUUGCUGUUACAUUCGCUCCAUUUUGUCCAUUACUAGAUAUAUAACCAAAUCUGAAAAAACCUUAUACUAUAGCUGUAGUAGACGCACAUGUGUUUCUAUUGUAUCGAAUGUCACCAGUUUCUUGCACAUAGAGAAGAUUUAAAUCUCUUGUUAUGUUAUAAUAUAUAUUGUUAUAUUUACUUUCUUUUCACCUUUUUUUUAAUCACAAUGCAACACUUUUGGUUCCAACACAUAUCAUUCAAUUGAUCAGUUGACGCUACAAAUUUGAAAGAUCCGAGUUUAACUUACUUCCUCACAGGAAGAUUCUAUAACGUGUCAAAUGUAUACCUAGUGCCAAAAAUUGGCCUGUCAGACUUUGGAUAGCCCGGAAAAAACGGUGUAUGUACGUAAGUGGGGUUAGAGUUUAGGAUAAUACAGUUUCAGGAUGCGAUGUUGUGUAGGGAAGGGUAACUAUAUGGUGCAAUGUGUUUACUGUACACCACAAUCACUAUAGAGGGGAAGUGUGUUCGUACGCUUUUACCAUUUGGUCAGUCAAAGGUUUAUAAUAAACUUCUCAACAGCUUGAA